GGACGAUCUGGGCUUUAAAGAGGCAGGCUCUGGCUAAAAUUGGAACCUUGGCUUUUGUUUCAGCGCAAGACAUAAAGACGGGCUGUCAUCUCCAGCACAGGUUUCUGGCUGGGAACGGCCGACAGGGAUCACAGGAGCAAACAGCGGCGAGGUCUUCGGAAAGAGACGGAACCCUCCUGCAUUUUUUUAUACACAGGGAGUGAGAGUGAGGGGGGAGGCCAGGAAAGAGACAGGGGAUGGGGAGUGUGUGUGUGGGGGGGGGGCAGACUGAUGUGUCAACUUAACAUCAGCUUCUUGCAAACCAGGCAGGACAAACCCGACAUCAUCGCAUUUCAUAAACAGUCCCGAAGAGAACAGCAGUGGCGGCGUUUGUAGGCUUUAGAACAAAUACCAUUUCGAACAGCAAACCAAAAUUAAGAGCUUAUCGUGUUGGAAGCAGCACUUGUUGCUAAGGAGCUGAGCUGCAACUGCCAGAAGCUGUUUAGGCCUAAUGGAUUCAGCUGAAGGCUCUGUUCGGACUGUGAUGUAGCAUCUCCAAAGAUUUCUCCGACGCCAGAGGUCCUCCUCCUGGGAGCAGCAGGCGUCCUGACUGAGCUGUCACAACGGAUGUGUCCUUGUAAAAUCCCUGCUAAAUGAAGACACCUGCAUAUGAAAAUGAAGACAAUGGCUGAAUCUGCAGUGGAGUCUGAUUUGGACCCCCAGUGGCCCUGCAGAUGGCUCUAGCAGGGGCCCCGGCAGGCUGCCGUGCCAGUGGCUGCUGCUGAGCUACAGCCAUGGCGCCUAAAGGACCUGCGCAGUUCAGGGCCGAGGAGAGCCUGGUGCAGGUGGUGGUCCGAGUGCGCCCCCUGCUGCCCAAAGAGCUGCUGCACAGCCAUGAGAGCUGCAUCACGGCGGACCCUGUGCUCAAUAGGGUGACCCUCGGCCAUGACCGCCACUUCCAGUGUGACUUUGUUUUUGCGGAGAGCAGUGGCCAAGAGGAGGUGUACUCCACCUGUGUGCAGCCCCUCAUCGAGGCUUUCUUCCUGGGCUUCAACGCAACAGUGUUCGCCUACGGACAGACAGGCUCAGGCAAAACCUACACCAUUGGGGAGGCCAAUAUCUCCUCCUUCAGCGAUGACGAGCAGGGCAUCAUCCCGCGAGCCGUGGCCGAGGUCUUCAAGUUGCUGGACGAGAACGACCUGAGCGACUUCUCCGUGCGGAUCUCCUACCUGGAGGUGUACAAGGAGGAGUUCAGGGACCUUCUGGAGGUGGAGACGGCUAGUAAGGACAUCCACAUCCGGGAGGAUGACAAGGGCAACAUUGUCCUCUGUGGGGUCAAGGAGUGCGAGGUGGAGGGGCUGGACGAGGUGCUGAGCCUGCUGGAGACAGGGAACGCAGCCAGGCACACAGGGGCCACGCAGAUGAACCCCAGCUCCAGCCGCUCGCACACCAUCUUCACCCUGGCCAUGGAGCAGCGGCAGGGUGGGCCCCGGGCCCCUGGCGCCGCCGCACACGUCCUGGCCUCCAAGUUUCACUUCGUGGACUUGGCCGGCUCCGAGCGCGUCCUCAAGACCGGCAACACGGGCGAGCGGCUGAAGGAGAGCAUCCAGAUCAACAGCGGGCUGCUGGCGCUGGGCAACGUCAUCGGGGCGCUGGGGGACCCCAAGAGAAGGGGCUCGCACAUCCCCUAUAGGGACUCCAAAAUCACCAGGAUCUUGAAGGACUCUCUGGGAGGGAAUGCCAAGACCCUGAUGAUCGCGUGCAUCAGCCCCUCCUCCGCCGACUUCGACGAGAGCCUCAACACGCUGAACUACGCCAGACGGGCUCAGAACAUUCAGAACCGGGCUGUAGUGAACUACCGGCGGGCAGAGCCGAACCGCACGGAGGGACUGGAGCUGCAGAUCAAAGCCUUGCGUCGGGCCCUGGAGAAUCGGCAGAGGUCUGAGACCCGCACCAUCGCCCGGCAGGACCCCGAGAGACGCGCCGGGGCGGGGGGCGGAGAGCUGGGCAGGCUGCAAGCAGAAAGCGCACACUACAGGACUUGCACAGACGCUGCGUACAGGCUGCUGCUGGAGCUGCAGGGAGAGGGCGCGCUGAGCCCAGGCCAGCUGCUGCAGGUGAAGGAGUGGCUGUGCUCUGUGGAGGAGCAGCGCAGCGAGCUGAGCACGGCCUCAGGCCUGGACAGCGGAAUCGAGAGCACGUCCACAGAGGAAGGAACCACAGAGCUGCAGAAGGGGAAGGGUGCCACCACACACCAGGUUAUUGAACAGGGGGCAGAGGAGUGUGAGAAGGACCGGGAUGAGUACAUCUCUCAGCUACAGGCUCGGAUCCAGCAGCUGGAGAAGGAGAACACAGACUUCCUGGCUGCUCUGGAGGAUGCCAUGGAGCAGUACAAACAGCAGAGUGACAAGCUUCAGGAGCAACAGGAUGUAAUUGCUGAGCUGCAGACAUGCCUGGUCCAGCCUGGCUCCUCUGUGUCAGGUUUAGUGGUUGGUGUCCACCUGGUGCAUCUCAAGCAGAGGCCGCACACUGCUCCUACAGACUCCACACGUCUCUGCACUUCAAGUGCAGUGCAGUCCACACUUGUUUCAAACGGGGACAAUAGAAGGAUCAGUUCCAGAAAGGUGAGCCAUUCAGGUCCCGGCAGCUGUACGGGGAGGGAGGAUUGUGUACACUGCUGCCAGGAAGGAGAGGAAUACCAGGUAGACUCCUUUCAGGACCCUGACCUCCUUGCCGCUGAAGAAGAAGGGCAAGGCAGUCAGAUCAAGAUGAAGAGAGACAGAGGGAGACACCUGAACAUGACCUGGACCAAGAGAGAAGUGCUGAGUACUGCCUUGUCUGGCCAAGGGAGGGGGUGUGUGUCCCCAGAUCUGCUACUGCCAAAGUCAAACAGCAGUGGUGAGGGGUCAGGUCUGCGAGGAUCUAUGGGAGACAGCUGCCCCCUGGUGACCUCCGGCCCAGGCCAGAGUGGCUCGGACUGGGGACUCCUGCAGGCCCAGCAGAAGAUCCGUGAGCUGUCCAUCAACAUCCGCAUGAAGGAGGAACUGAUCAAGGAGCUGGUCAAGACAGGGAGGGACGCCCAGGCCAUGAACAGGCAGUACAGCCGGAAGAUCUCGGAGCUGGAGCGGCAGGCGGAGCGCGCGCGGGCCGAGCUGACGGAGGCGCAGAAGCAGCUGCAGGACCUGGAGGGCCACGAGCCCCGGGACCCGGCCAACCGGUCCAAGGCGCAGGAGUGCCGCAGGAAGAUCGCCGCGGCACAGAGCAGAGUGCAGGUCCUGAAGCAGAAGCAGCGUGACACGGCACGGCUGGCCUCCCUGUCAGCCCAGAGCGAGCGGCGGGUCCAGGAGCUGGAGAGGAACGUGCAGAACAUGCGGCAGCAGCAGGACCAGCUGCAGCGCCGCCUGCGCCAGGAGAGCCAGCAGAAGCGCCGGCUGGAGAGCGAGAUGCAGAGGGGCAAACAUCGUGUCAAGGAGCUGGAGAUAAAGAACGAGCAGCAGCAGAAGAUCCUGAGGAUCAAGACGGAGGAGAUCGCGGCCUUCCAGAGGAAGAGGCGCAGCGGGAGCAAUGGUUCUGUCAUCUCGUUGGAGGAGCAGCAGAAGAUAGAGGAGCAGAAGCGCUGGCUGGACGAGGAGAUGGAGCACGUGCUGGGGCAGCGCCGGGGGCUGGAGGAGCUGGAGGGCGAGCUGACCAAGAGAGAGCAGAUCCUGGCCAAAAAGGAGGCCCUGCUGCAGGAGCGCAGCGGCCUGGAGAGCAAGAGGCUGCGCUCCAGCCAGGCCCUGAGUAAAGACCUCGUCCUCCUGUCCAGCCGCAUCGAGUCCCUGGAGCGGGAGCUCUCCGAGAGGAACGGCCAGCUCCGCAGCAGCAGUGCCCAGGACUCCCAGCAGAUCCGCCAGGAGAUAUCCAACCUGCGCCUGGAGAAGGACCAGCUCCUGAAGCAGCGAACAGAGCUGGACGACAAACUGCGCCAGGGCAGCCUUCUCUCCCCCGAGGAGGAGCGGACUCUGUUCCAGCUGGAUGAGGCCAUCGAGGCUUUGGAUGCUGCCAUAGAGUACAAGAACGAGGCCAUCACCCAGCGGCAGAGGCAGCUCCGGGCCUCCGCCAGCAUGCUGUCCCAGUGGGAGAUGAACCUGAUGGCCAAGCUCAGCUACCUGUCCGCCUCCGAGACACGAGCCCUCCUCUGCAAGUACUUCGACAAGGUGGUGUGUCUGCGCGAGGAGGAGCGCCGGCUGCAGCUGGCCCUGGCAGAGCUGGAGAUGCGCACUGAGGAGCAGCAGCAGCUGGUCCAGUGGCUGGAGGCAGCGCUGGAGAGGCAGCGGCUGGACACUGACCGCAGGCUGACCCAGCAGCAGAAGGAGCACGAGAGGAACAUCCAGCUGCUGCUGCAGCAGUGCAGAGAGCAAAUGGAUGAAGGGCUGGCGGGGAGGCAGCGCCAGUACGAGGGCUGGAUUCACAACCUUGGCAAGGAGCUCAGCCACUGCAAGCUGGCCAACCAGGAGCUGAGCAAUAAACUGAGGGAGCUGUGGGGGCAAACCGGUCAGCCUGCAGACCAGGCCAAAGGGACGGCCGGGGGCAGAGCGGAGGACAGCGGGGAGCCGCCGGACAGAGGGCCCAGGCCCAGGGAGGAGGUCCGGGAGCUGGUGCGUGCGCCCCUGCCCCCCACGUGGCGCCGCUCGUCCCUUCCCAGCGAAGACCAGCCGGGCCUGGAGGAGCUGCGCCAGCGCCUGCCCGGCCUGGCCCCAGGGCCCUGGGGGGGCCCCCUGCCCCCGGCCCCCUCGGCCCUGGCCAGACCCCGGAGGGAGCUCCGCAGGUCCAGCCUGAGCACCGGGCCGCUGCUGACCAGCGCCAGCAUCAUUGACGUGCGGAGAAACCCGCUCUGAAGGCGGGAUCAGCACCUGCUGCUUCCUGUCUGCACCGGGACACAGGAAGUCCUGAUCGCUGCUGUCGUCUCGCGCGGUCCCACGCUGCCAUUCCCGUGUGCGCACACGCUUUCACCUGUAAACGCCUUUUGUCCCUGUU